AUGCCGUCGACCUCUGUUCCACCUCGUCCCACAAUUGAGCGACCAUGUACUUGCAUCUGGCAGUCUCUGGCGCAGAAUAGAGCCAGGGAAGCAAGCAAGAACACCGUCAACGACACGCAAACGGAUGGUGACCACCAUCCUUCCAUUUUGGAAAGAGCUGCUUCUAAGCUGCCCAAUCCUCUACACGCAAUCCCGCACUCCCUGUAUCCUGGCGCUGGAAGCUCCAAUGAAACGGAGGAAGUUACGCGGUUGACACCUGAAACCUUGGAACUGAACGACGAAGCCAGCUCUGGCUCUGCACUUCUGCCUGGCGCGGCAGAAAACACGGCCAGAGUCACUGCCGCCACCUCUAGCGCUCAAACCAAUAAUGCGGCGACCCAACGGGUAGCCCAAAAGGCUAAGCAUCUGAAGGGGAAAGGCCUUGUAGGAGCCUCCCACCCAGAUGUUGUGGUUCGAGCCCUCAAGAAACGGUUCACCAAAAGCACGGAGAACAAGCUUGGGACGCUCUUCAGCUACCGCGAGGACUUGGUCAACACUCUUUACGAUCUGAUCCCCACCUCGCACGCUCAUAAACGCCACAUCUCUCACCCUCCCCUCAUCGACCCGGUGCCCGACACGCUUCUCUGCCAGACCUGCCAGACAGUUUUGACGUACGCCUGCUACUACUCGCCCGCCGCACGCACCCCAUACCUGCGUGAUCACUCAGCCGCCACCUAUCUGGCUCUUGUUGAUGACGCUACUGCGGCAUUAAGCUGCAACACGGACAUAGAGCCCAUCACGCAUCGCCACGUCAACUCGGCUCUCCGCGCCGAAUUGAGUGUGGUCGAUUGGAGGAUCGCUUUGAAGGUGGCGCGCUAUCAUAAGCGCACGGGCUUCAUGGAUAUGUUUCCAGUCAGAAUUGGGGAGUUUGCGGAGUUGGAGGUGCUCAAGAAACCCCCCUCCAAUGAUGGGAUUGUGAAGAAGACCGGGAAGAAGUUACUCCAGACUGUCGGAUUGGGAGGCUUAAGCCCGCCCGAUCUGCCACAGGGUACCAUCGCCACAGCAGCGGAAUAG